AUGUCUCAAGUCGCGAUUCCUCUUUGGCUCGACUGCGAUCCUGGCCACGAUGAUGCAUUUGCAAUACUUAUUGCCGCCCAACAUCCAUCGCUAAACCUUCUGGGUAUCACGACUAUCCACGGCAACUCAUCCCUCACCAACACCACUGCAAAUGCCGGGAGUGUCCUGGAGGCCAUCGGGAGGCCAGAGAUACCGGUCUUUCCUGGAGUCAGUAAGCCGUAUUGUCGGCCUGCCGUGCAUGCGCCAGAUAUUCAUGGGGUCUCGGGCUUGGAUGGCACCACACUUCUUCCCAAAGCGAGUCGGCUGCCGAUCACUGACAAAAACCCGAUCCUGGCCAUGCGGGAUGCCCUUCUGGCCCAGCCGCCGGACACAGCGUGGGUCGUUGCUACUGGCGCUUUGACAAACGUUGCGCUUCUGUUUGCAACUUUCCCAGAAGUUGUCAGCCAUAUCAAAGGGCUAAGCAUAAUGGGGUCAGCCGUUGGGGAGGGCUUUACCGACGUCCCCAUGAGCCGACUACCCGGAGAAGAAGCACGUAUAGGGAAUACCACUCCCUGGGCCGAGUUUAAUAUCUACGCAAGUGCCUACACACCUCUAGAUAUAUUUCUUUUUUUGUGCGACCCCGAAUCAUCUCAAUCCAUUUUGUCCAACUCAGUGCUCGCAGCAAAAACGACAUUAAUUGGCCUAGACUUGUCGCAUCAAGUGCUCGCCACUCGUUCCGUCCAGGAACGAGUAUUGGGUGCGGGAUCCGGUGGAUCCGCAAAGAACGACCUCCGUCAGAUGCUAUAUGAGCUGCUUUUGUUUUUUGCCGGGACAUACUCUGCCGUGUUUGGUAUUGACGAAGGGCCACCGCUUCACGAUCCAGUCGCAGUGGCAGUGGUUUUAUCCAACCUCAACCCCGAAUAUGCACAAAGUAACCCAGUCUCUGCGAUUAAAUUCAAUGACAAAGACGGGGAACGCUUUGCAGUCACCGUUGCGACGGAUGGUCAGCACGGUGGUACUGUGACCGCCACCGGACAGCUUGGACGAACGAUAGCAAAGCCGGUGCAAGGCAAAGGAGUUGCCAUCCCCAGGGGCAUGGAUACAGACUCGUUCUGGGACUUACUCAUCUCGUGUUUAGAGAGAGCUGAGAAAGCUUCACCACUGGCUACCAAGUCCGCAUCGCAAUAA